AUGGGCAAACACGGAAUAUCUUUAAGAAAACUCGGCCGCGAUUCCGCCCAUCGCUGGGCGAUGUUACGAACGAUGGCGGACCAACUCAUCCAACACGAACGCAUAGAAACGACCGUUCCAAAGGCGAAAGAACUGAGACGAGUCGCGGAUAAGAUGAUUACGCUCGGGAAAGAAGGAACGUUAUCGGCGAGACGAAGAGCGAAGGCUAUUUUGAGGACAGAUGCGAGUCUGAUUAAACUCUUCGGUCCGUUAGCGGAGAGGUACGAGGGAAGGAGCGGAGGGUACACGCGAGUGACGCAAACGAGGAUCAGAGUCGGGGACGCGGCGAAGAUGGCGUACAUUGAAUACAUCGACAGAGUCGGGGAAUUAAGGCCGACGAGGAGUAGCGGGAAGAGGAAUAGUGGUGAUGAUGAUGAUACUAAUGGAAAAGUAGCGUCGUCGCUUUCGGCGACGGAGGAGGAGGAGGAGGAUGACGCCGGCGAAGAAAGCGAGAAGAAGAAGGAGUAG